AUGGUGAAUUUGAGUCAUGCACUUAUCGCUCUACUAUUACUGCGUUACAUCCAGCCGAUAUAUGGAUAUUCGGGCUCUACUGGCAAAUACCCCCCUCUGAUCAAUACAAACAACAGCACCAAUUCAAUAAAGACUUAUAAUAUACCCCCACCUUCAUCUGCAGAUGUCGAUUCUUUUGAUGAUAGUAAACCAUUUCGAUUUGCAAAGUCCAUACCAGUUUCCAUCUCAUUUCCUGCUGAAGAAAUCUCUCUUGAAUUCGCUGACGAGAGUCACCGUCGAAGCAAAAUCAAAGUGUCUAGUGCUGGUGCAUUAUCAUUGAGCUUGAUAUUUGAUACAUGGUGGAUACCAGAGGGCGCUGAACUGUAUGUCUAUAACAGCCAACAGGUCGUCUUGGGCGCAUUCACAGCAGCUACAUCAUCUAGCAAGCAUGCGCACGCAUUCAAGACCUCACCAUUGCAAGGAGACCACCUUGUGAUUGAAUACGUCUCUCCGCUUCAUGUAGAGCAUUUGCCGAAAAUUCACAUCAGUAAAGUAGUGUAUGGGUAUAAACAUGUUCCGUUUCUAGAAUCAAGCUUACAACAGCAACAGCAGCAAGAAUCGCACAGCAACGACAUCAGCAAAUAUCAACGCAUAUUCUCAAAGAGAAAUCGACAUCAGCAUUCUGGCAAAUGCAACAUUGAUUUGUCUUGUGAUGUAGCUGGCAUAGAUUGGUCAAAUGAAGCUAGAUCAGUAGCAGUGUUGUUAACAGAUGAGAACCAAAUGUAUUGCACUGGUGUAUUAUUGAAUAAUGCGCUGCAUGAUGGAAGGCAGCUAUUACUCACAGCUUAUCACUGUACCAAAUCAUCCAAUCUUGCAACCGAUAUAGUCAUGUUCAAUCAUCAAAGACGCACAUGCAAUGGAUAUAGCAAGAACAGACUUACACCCUAUUCGGAUACACUUCAUGGUUUGAAAUGGUUAGCUGGUUCGCCCAUAUCAGAUUUCGCAUUAUUAGAGGUUCAGGAACCAAUUCCUAGCAAAUACAACGUCUAUCUAGCUGGCUGGAGUACUGUCGAAACACCUGCACCACCAUUUGUGGGAAUACACCAUCCCAGUGGUGAUUACAAGAAGUUGUCAAUUUAUGAUGGUCAUUUGAUUCCUGCGUGUUGGUCUGAAUGUCCUCUCAAGGACCAUUGGAAGGUGGAGCGCUGGACUCGUGGCACAACUGAACCCGGAAGCUCGGGAUCUCCUCUAUUUGAUGCCAGUCAUCGCGUCAUUGGACAGCUUCAUGGAGGCAGAUCUUCGUGUCGAAAUCUUCGCGGUCAGGAUGUCUAUGGGUCGUUCAACGCCUCUUGGAGAAACAAUCUAGGAAUGUUUCUAGAUCCCAAGAAUCAAACCAUGACCACAAGUGCUAUCCAGAUUGACGGUAUAUACCUCAAUCGCAUAAAAUCCAAAGACUACCGAAACUGA